CUCGUAGCUGGCGGUCCCGGUCGUCGAUCAGUUGUGCAAGAUCGCUCGAAGAACUAUGUUGGAUUUGGUCUAGCUGCUCAGCCGCAGAGUGGGUUUCUUGUCUAACACAACUAGGUUCGGUUCUGGUGUGCAGUUCAGUUCAGAGUGUGAUCUUUUAAAUUAAUUCUGUGAUCUCAGUGCAAGGAGUUAAGUGAAGCUCGAGUUUGUGAUAUCGGCGUUUCGCGGGAUAGUUUCGCGAAGUGACACCCAAAGUGUACAAGUGUGACGGAGCCUAGUUAUUCAACGGUAACUAACCGUCGUAGUGACACACAAAGCAGAGAGAAGCGAGACAGAGAUGAAGUCGAUAAUUUUAUGCGUCUCGUUUAUGCUGGCAUGCGUUGCAGGUCAACGCAUCACCACAAUCCAGCUGGACGGUGUUCAAUACUUUGUAAGCCGGAUGAACCCGUACUCCCCCGAGCUUAACUACUUCCUGGCCUACCAGUACUGCCGCUCCCUGGGACUCCAGCUGGCCUCGUUCGAAACCAAGGAGAAGGUCGAAUCGAUGACUCAGUACCUGCAGAAUGCCGGCUACAGCAAGUACAACUUCUGGACGUCCGGAAACCGGCUCGGCACCGGAAUGUUCCUCUGGAUGAGCACGGGGCUGCCGUUCAACGCCACCUUCGACUACUUCGAGAAGUCGUCGGACGCCUCGACCGGCCUGGACCCGCUGGACCACAACAGCAACACCUCGCCCCAGCGCACCGCCCGCGACAGCUCUCCUCUUUCCCCCUUCAGCAGCAGCGGCAUCGAGCGGGGAUGUGUCCAUCUGAAGGCGCCCUCGCUCCGGUGGGAACCUGAGGACUGCCUCGCGGUCAAGGACUUUAUCUGCGAGCAGACCCGAUGCUACUACUACAACUACGGCAGCAUCCCUGUUUCGUCCGCGCAGGGUCGUCCCAUCAACUCUGGCGUUCAAUCCCAGGCGGCCGGAAGCGGUAACGUUCGUAUACAGACAACGCCGAUUCCGGUGAUGCUGUCAACGACUACGACUACGACCACCACCACUACGGCCGCGCCCUUAAGUCUGGAGGAGACAUCUCCGCUGGCUGCCCUGUUGAAUGGUAAUUCCGUCCAGCAUUCCGCUUCCGAAGCCGACAACAGUCUGGAGUCUCGCAGCGAUGAAGAGGCCCUGCUGGAGGAGGAAGAGGAGCAUGAAGACGACGAAGAGCACGACGGGGACGACGAGGACGAAUCGGAGGGACGUUCCCAGCAGGACGAAGAGCUUGAAGCCAUUGAGGAGCACCAGCAGCAGGAAGAACAUGCCGCCAUCCAGCAGCAGCACCAGCAAGCCCAGCAUGACAUUCCCGUGGAGCAAAAGCUGAAGCAGAUUACGCGCGAAAUUGAAGAAAUGUCCCACUCUGACCGGGACGUGGACAACGGCCGCCAAAGCUUCCUCUCGCUGUCCGACCUCAUUAAGAACAUCCGCCCGGCGGAGAAGGUCGUCCCGCAGAUCGAUUCGUCCUAUGCGAACACGAUGCGCGUCCUCGGGGAAACCAUCACCCAUGGCGAAAGCCGAUCGGCAAAAAUCUGAAACCAUAUCGCACAAUUCAUCACCAUCCAUGACGCACACAGUUUCAUACACACCACCACCACCACUACAGGCAAACAGACGUAAAUCAUCGAGCCAACUGUCAAACGCGCGUAAAUGAGCUGUGGUGAAUACAACUUCACCGUGGUGAGUUUCUUUGAAAAGUAGAUUUGCGUCUGUUUGUCUGUGCCUCAUCAUCACUCAUCGUAGCCGCUAGGACCUAGAUAUUAGUGCCACCCUCACCACCAUCAUACCCCCCCCCCCCCCCACCCCAUUUCAACCUGUCCCAUCCGCCGCCGGAAGCAGCCAACAUCGCGCGCAUUGGGUUGUGUGUGUGUUUUCCGUGGGACAACACGUGGGACGUGGCUUUGCUAUGUUCGCGGUAGUCGGGUGCAAUCCUAGCGGCGCGCACGUGUCCGAUUUCACCCCACUACGCAACUAGUAACUCUCUUCCCUCCCCCCACCCUCCCAGUUGUAACGCCAGCUGUAGCCACGUGAACUUCUCGAAAACACACACCGCCCACCCCAGUGACGGGCCUUCGGCGGAACUAACCUAUUUCGUUCCGAAUCGUUUUGAUCUUACCUGACCUUUUAUCAUUGCCAUUCGCCAUUGCAUUUCAUUUCGUCGAAUCAUUCAGAGAAGGCAUUUCAUUGCAUGCAUUUUUCUGGUUCAUUUCAUCUGAGUAUAUAAUAAAUAAAAUCUAACGAAGUGAAAUCUUUACUGCAAGAAGAAGAAGAAGAAGGAAAAAACUAGAUUUAAAUGCAAUUUUGCGACGCAAGAGAAAGAUUAGACUGUAUUUUGAAAAGAAAAAAAACUCUCAACCUACUUUUUUGUAGUUAUUAGAACAACUCUUGGGUUUGAACGAAGAGUGCAACACUAAGAGAAUCCCCUUAAGGACAGUGAUACGGACUAGGCAGAUGUAUCGUUUUAUGAAAACAACAAUAAAAAUGGAAAAUCUUUUUUUUUGUAAAAUG